AUGGAAAACUUCCAGUACAGCAUCCAGCUGAGUGACCAGGACUGGGCCGAGUUUGCAGCCACGACUGAAGAGUGUGGCCUCCCGCAGGCCAGCCUGGCCUCUGCGGAUGAGCUCUUGUCCAGUGACAUUGACCAAGGGGACAGCAGUGGCCACAAUCCCCCUGGGCCUCCACCCCUCCUCGAGGGGCAGCCGGCUGCUGGGGGGAGGGGCUGGCCUGGUUUCAAGAAGGAGGACAAGGCCGCUGCCCGGCCACUGGUCAGCAGGUCUUGGCGUGAGCCUGUCUUGGCCCUGGGGGCUGAUCAGCAGAUGCCCGGCACGUCCGCACGGUCAGAAGCUUUGCCGUCCCUCGCAUCUGACGCCGCCCCUCUAGGUCACAGCUCGUCGCUCCCAGGGCCAGCGUCUUCCAGAGACGAGAUGCAGAGACUUCUGCAGGGGCCAGCCCCCCAGGACCCUGAUCCUAGUACCCCUGGUGAGUCUCCUCAGAGCCCCGAGUCUCCCGGCUGCACCACUGCUCCCCAGAGGCCGCCCGGCACUCCUGGAGCCGCGCCACGCAGCCCUGGCCGAAAGAAGAGGCACGCGGCCGGAGCCAAGGGGGGCCGGUGCUCGAAUACUCCGGGCUCUGCUCCCACCCACCUGGGCUCCCUGCUGCCUGCUGAGGCCAGGCCCAAGGAGGACCUUGGUCUGGCUGGGUCCAGGGGGAAGGGUCUCUCGGCUGGAACAGCAGAGCAGACACCAGGAACCAGGCAGAAUGGACUGAGUCCAGAGUCUGCAGGAGCGCCUGCGCAGAUGACCAAGCAAGGAACAGAUUUGGGUCUGUCUACACCAGUCCCUACGAUUGAGCAAGGUACAGACCCACUCAGAAUGACCCCCAGAGCCGAGCCACACACCGCGUCCACACCUGCCCAGGAGACUCACCCAGAUAUCUCCGAAGCUAAGUCAGAUGUGGCUCCGUCUACACUCGCCUCCAAGCUUCAACCUGACAUGGCUCUGUCUACAUCUGCCCCCAAGUCUAGACUGGACGUGGACCUACCUGUGGUGGGCGCAGUGGUUAAGCCAGAGGAGGACUCAUCUACACUUGCUCUGCCUCACCUUGUUUCCAAGACCCGAUCCGAUGCAGGUGUGUCUACACCUGCUCCCCUUCCCCGGGCUGGGCCUGACUUGGUGGAGGUAGAGGCUGCCCCGAUGGCCAGGCUGUGCUUGAGCUCUGUUGUGUCUCCAGGAGGACACCAAGAGAAACCCAGAGGGGAGCCUUCAGCAGGUGCCCCUGGACAUCACUCGGGGGAGCCCCCCCCACCAGGCUCUGUUCAAGCACCCAAGAAGAAGAGAGUGCGAUUUUCCAUGGCCGUGCCCAGCCCCAAGGAGCCAGGUUUGGGAGAAACCUCAGGCCCACCCUCACCAGCCACAGCCCGGCCCGCGCCUCCCAGGACAGCAGCUGGGGGCCGAGACAGGCCUGGAGGCUGGGAUGCCGUGGCAGUCGGGCCCCGGUCCCCCCAGCCUCGGAUCCUCAAACACCUGCCUUCCCCUCCCCCCUCUGCCUCUGUGGGGUCUAGGCCCAGGAGCAGCUUUGCAGUGACCCUCCCAGAGGCCUACGAGUUCUUUUUUUGUGACACUAUUGAGGAGGAGGAUAAAGAUGCCGUGGAGGCGGCAGAAGCUGACCAGGCGCUGGCCGGAGUACAGUGGCCGGACACGUGCGAGUUCUUCUUCCAGGACCGCCGAGCCCAGAGGUCAGGGCACUGGGGGGUCCACUCCGUGGCCCACCCCCCACAAGCUGAGCCUGUGCCAGCCUGUCCGCCUGGAGACCCCGUGCCCAUCUCCAUCCCCGAGGCCUAUGAACACUUCCUUGGGGAGGACGUGUCGGGGGGCGUGCUAGAGCUGGCUGCCCUUCUCCAGCUGCAGGCCACAGAGCCCCCCGGGUCGGUCCCCUGGGGAGUGGGGUCUGGAACCUCACCAGAGCCUAGCCCAGUCACAGCAGAGCAGCUCAGCCUGGCAGUCAGGCAAGCAGGAGAGCCCCGGGAGCCUCUCACCUCGUUUACCUUCAGCCAGAACGACAUGUGCCUGGUGUUCGUAGCCUUUGCCACCUGGGCUGUGAGAACAUCAGAUCUGCACACCCCAGACGCCUGGAAAACAGUCUUGUUGGCCAAUAUCGGUACCAUCUCCGCCAUCCACUACUUCCGCCGGCACGUGGGGCAGGGGCGCCGCAGCCGCAGCCCCAGCCCCAGCCCCAGCUGGUAG